AUCGAACAAGAAAACCCAUAAGGGCGUGGUAGUCUGUUUGUUCUUCUUUGUCUCUUUCGUCAAACCAAUUUUUAUUUUGUUGAAAGCAAAAACUGAAGCCUCUCUCUCUCUCUCUUUCUCUCUGUGUCCUCUGAUAUUAUUAUAGAUUUUUUAUUUGUUUUAUUUUAGUUUCAGAGACAAACCAUGACCAGCACCUCCGCCGCCGCUCGCAAGGCGCUGAGUAAGAUUGCUUGCAAUCGCCUUCAGAAGGAGCUUGUCGAAUGGCAGGUAAACCCUCCUACUGGUUUCAAACACAAAGUCACCGAUAAUCUGCAGAGGUGGGUUAUUGAAGUGAAUGGAGCUCAAGGGACUCUAUAUGCAAAUGAAACAUACCAACUUCAGGUUGAUUUUCCUGAGCAUUACCCUAUGGAAGCCCCUCAGGUUAUUUUUCUUCAUCCGGCUCCACUUCAUCCUCAUAUUUACAGCAAUGGCCAUAUUUGCUUGGAUAUCCUGUAUGAUUCAUGGUCUCCAGCCAUGACUGUUAGCUCUAUUUGUAUCAGCAUUCUCUCCAUGCUAUCAAGCUCAACUGCGAAGCAACGCCCUGAAGAUAAUGACCGCUAUGUUAAGAACUGUAGAAAUGGCCGAUCUCCUAAGGAGACCAGGUGGUGGUUCCACGAUGACAAAGUGUAAUCAGCAAGCAUCCUUCUCGCUCCAUUAGUGUUAUAACUAGGGUAGGUGGGUUCCGUUUACAAAGGAAAAUGAAAGCGAACGAUUAAAAAAAAAAAAAAAA